UAGAACUUCUCUAUCCUAAGCCUGGGUACGUGGAAAUCGAUCCGGAUCAACUAUGGUCUGCUAUAAUCACUGUCAUCAAAAAUGCAAUCCAAGGAAGUGGAAUCGAUCCCAUGUCCAUUGCUUGCUUGGGAAUAUCGACCCAGCGUGGUAGUUUUACUACUUGGAAUCCAGAAACUGGGAAGCACUAUCAUAGAUUUAUAACGUGGAAGGAUUUACGAGCAGAUACCUUGGUUCAAGAAUGGAAUUCAUCCAUGAUAAUGAAAAGUUUACGGGCUGGAUCACACCUUCUAUACAUGAUGUCUCGCAGCAAAAGAUUUUUAGCUGGUAGCGUCCUCAAGCUCAUGAAUACGCAGAUGACAUUGCGAUUGAACUGGAUACUGCAACACGUCCCAGGGCUGAAAGAAGCUGCUAGCAGAGGACGAGUAAUGUUUGGAGGAGUUGAUUGUUGGCUCCUCUAUAAAUUUACUGGGAAACAUAUAACGGACGUUUCCAGUGCUUCAGCCACUGGCCUCUUUGAUCCAUUCACAAUGCGGUGGGCUGGUUGGGCAUUAAACCUUUUCCAAUUACCACAAAAUAUAUUUCCAGAAGUCGUGGAUACCACCACCAACUUUGGUUAUGUUUCAAAAGAAGUUUUUGGAGCUGACAUUCCAAUUCUCUGCUCGAUGGCUGAUCAGGCCGCUUCCUUAUUUGGUUCGUGUUGUUUUCAUCCAGGUGAUCUUAAAAUAACGAUGGGUACAGGAUCAUUUAUUAAUGUCAAUACCGGAAAUGAACCCCAUGCAUCAGUCAGUGGCCUGUAUCCCCUUGUUGGGUGGCGUAUAGGUUCAGAAUUAGUGUACGUUGCUGAAGGUGCCUCAAACGAUACUGGGACCUUAAUAGAAUGGGCGAAAUACCUUGGAAUCGUGAAUGAACCAUCCGAGACUUCCAUCAUGGCAAAUUCGGUUGAUGAUUCCGAUGGGGUCUAUUUCAUCCCUGCUUUUAGUGGCUUGCAGGCUCCUAUCAACGAUCAAUCGGCAGCAGCUGGUUUUUUAGGUGUCAAACCAACUUGUAGUAAAGCACAUCUUGUACGUUCUUUGUUAGAAAGUAUGGUCUUUAGGAUUUCAUUAUUGUACGAAUCGCUAUGCAAGGAAACUCAUUUUACCUACCAUACAAUUCGCAUUGAUGGUGGAGUAUCCAAAAAUGAUUUCAUCAUGCAACUACUAGCAGAUUUAUCAGGAUUAGAAGUGGAACGUGCUACGAGUAGUGAAAUGCCUAUUUUGGGAGUAGCAUUUUUGGCUGGUUUGCAAUACGGAAUAUGGAAGAAAAAGGAGGAAUUACUUCAAUUCCGUCAUGUCGAGAAAAUUUUUGUACCAUGCGAAGAAAGACGGAAAGCAUACAGUACUGUAUUUUCUGAGUGGAAAAGGGCUUUAAACAGAUUCAAGGAAUGGUAUUGAAGAGGCGUUAAACUUCUCUUGCAGGACUUAUAGUUAUAUAACUUUAUACUGAAAUGAAUAUUGGUUG